AUUGGGAGGGCUGGAAGCUGCUGGGUCCGGUGCGAGGUGACCGUAAAAUAUCCCGGAAAUUUCGUAUUUGCUGCCAGCGCAUCGUUAUAAUGCUACUUCGCUAACAUAAUGACUUGAGGACUCAGUGCGUAUUUAUAUACGUUUACCGUAUAUAGCGACAGGGAGUGUCUGUACUGUAAUACACACAGGAGGAAGGCAAACCGAGGCCUCAACGGGAUGGGAGACAGUCGGGUAUGCCAAAGCCCGGACACAUCAUCUCUCAGCCCCCCCUUAGGACACUCCUUUAGUGACACCCCUCCACCUCCUUCUGCCCCUUUACAUCCUUCCAUGGUUGGAUCUGCGAUGACCUCAUCUGUCAACUCCCCACUUGGUAGCAUUGGCUCUCCUUUUCCUGUUAUCAAUUGUUCUGUUGGAUCUCCUGGCAUUCCUGGAACUCCAUCAAUUGGUUAUGGACCUGUCAGCAGUCCCCAGAUUAAUUCCACUGUGAAUCUGUCUGGCCUACAUCAUGUUGGCUCCUCUGAGGAUGUGAAGCCUCCACUUGGGAUGAGGAGUAUGCAGAGUCAUCCCAAUGGAGGGACAGUCAGUGGAAAGAGGCUGUGUGCAAUCUGUGGGGACCGCUCUUCAGGCAAGCACUAUGGAGUGCACAGCUGUGAGGGAUGUAAAGGAUUCUUCAAACGUACAAUUCGUAAGGACCUGACCUACACAUGUAGAGACAGCAAAGAUUGUAUUGUAGAUAAGAGGCAGAGGAACCGCUGUCAGUAUUGCAGAUAUCAGAAAUGCCUUGCUACUGGGAUGAAGAGAGAAGCGGUACAAGAAGAGCGUCAGCGAGGAAGGGAACGUGAUGGAGAAGCAGAAUUAAGUGGGGCAAUAAAUGAAGAGAUGCCCGUGGAGAAAAUAUUGGAAGCAGAACUGGCAGUAGAACAGAAAAGUGACCAGAGCCUCGAGGGAGGCGGUUCACCCAGUGAUCCAGUCACUAAUAUAUGCCAGGCUGCUGACAAACAGCUCUUUACUCUUGUUGAAUGGGCCAAGAGGAUCCCUCACUUCUCUGAGCUGCCUUUGGAUGAUCAGGUCAUUCUGCUAAGGGCUGGAUGGAACGAGCUUCUUAUAGCUUCUUUUUCUCAUCGCUCGAUCUCUGUAAAAGAUGGGAUUUUACUUGCCACUGGUCUCCAUGUUCACAGGAAUAGCGCACACAGUGCUGGUGUGGGGGCCAUAUUUGACAGGGUUCUAACUGAGUUGGUUUCAAAGAUGAGAGACAUGCGCAUGGACAAGACAGAACUGGGCUGCCUCAGAGCAAUCAUAUUGUUUAACCCAGAUGCCAAGGGUUUAUCUAACCCAGGGGAUGUGGAAGUUUUGCGGGAGAAAGUAUAUGCUUCUUUGGAAUCCUACUGUAAACAGAAAUAUCCAGAUCAGCAAGGAAGGUUUGCCAAGUUACUUCUGCGUCUGCCAGCUCUGCGAUCCAUUGGUCUGAAAUGUCUUGAACAUCUAUUCUUUUUUAAACUUAUUGGAGACACUCCAAUAGACACAUUUCUGAUGGAAAUGUUAGAGGCACCUCACCAGCUAUCUUGAGAUACUGAUGGAACCAGCAACAGACUGCUGCUACACCCCUAUAGACUUCUUCUGGAACACACUCCACAAGACGGCCUCCAUAUGGAGAUGCUAGAACGCAGCUGUCCAGACUGUUUGCCGAUGUUGGAUUGACUUUUGUUGAUAAAAAUUUCUCCAGAGACUGCUUCCUUUACAAGAUGGUAGAUAUGCAUAUUCGGGGGUACUGAGACAGCAAGCCUCUCUCAUGAGACAGACUGCUGCACAGAGAUCUUUGCAGAAUACAUUUUGGCUUCCGUUUAGAAAUGCUCACUGAUGCCAGAAAGAGUGCCAGAGAUUUUACUUUUCAUUUUGAGAGACUCUCCUAUGCAAAGCCCUUCCUUUUUCUGCUUAAUAGAGCACCAUGGAAAAAUCACCGCAGGACCUAUCUUAACAGGAAUUGCAUGCUGUAUCCAGUCUCAAUUGCCCUAGCGAAAUUUAGGAUUUUGGACACUCCUGAGAGAGUUACUCUAUGAAGGGGGUAAAAGAAAUCCUACAGCUAGAACAUUUUGCAUCUAUCAGUUAACUUGCAUGGGAAAGAGACUUCAAGUGACAGAGCACCAGUCUUUAUCAUAACAGGAUGUAAGGUCACGUUUAAUCAGUGGGGUUUAUUGAUGCGGUAUAAUAUAGCUUCUUUACUUGCCCUUGUCCCUGAUUUAGUGGUGUUCUAUAAUCAUAACUGCACUUCUUGGGAUAAAGGGGAGGCGAUUGGGUGUUAACAAAUGGGGAAGUGGAAUUUCUAUGUAAUCAUCUCUCGAGAUCCCUCAUUAACAUUUCUACGCAACAGUGAAUGUUCUGCUUUUUGGGGUGCCUUGAAGGGAAACAUGGGGGGUUCUUUACCCAUACAUUUUAUCCUUUGGUGAGAUCAAUAGUUUUUGGGAUGGCUGACCAUGUUGGUUUAACCAGUUGUCAUUUUAUGUUUGCUUUUAUUUGAAAGAAUGAUUACAUUGCACAGGA